UCGACGCCACGCCUCUGUGCGUUUUCCUCCGCGCGUUGAUUUCAUACCAAACUCAUACUUGGCAUUCCGCCUUUUUCUGUCAAACACGAUUAUUUUUACCGAGGAAAUACUUGCGAUACAUGAAGCAAAACUGCUUUAGAAACUAAAGUAUACGGGGAGGAGUGUGAGCCUGUAACAGCAGGGCAGGAAAGCCAUUGUGAGGUGUGUUGUGGCCAGGAGCCGUCAUCAUUGCGUCGGAGUGGAGUUGCCGUGGUAGCCCUGACGGGGCGCAGGAGGAGGGUGCCGAUGGAGAAGGAGUGGGAGACGGGCCGGACCGUGGAUUGGACGGCGACCCUGAGGGAGUCUGGAGUCCAGACAUUGAGCAGAGCUUUCAUGAAGCUCUGGCCAUCUACCCUCCCUGCGGCAGGAGGAAGAUCAUACUUUCAGACGAAGGGAAGAUGUAUGGUCGAAAUGAGCUGAUCGCUCGCUAUAUCAAGCUACGAACAGGGAAGACGCGCACACGCAAACAGGUGUCUAGUCACAUUCAGGUUCUGGCACGUAAGAGGGUACGAGAAUACCAGACCAGCAUCAAGGCCAUGAACUUGGACCAGGUAUCCAAAGACAAGGCACUGCAGACAGUAGCCAACCUCUCCUCCGCUCAGAUUGUGUCUGCUAGUGUAAUGAAACCUCAGACUCCGUUCCCUCCACCAGUCAGAUUUUGGCCCGGCCCGAUGCCAGGACAGCCUGGACAUUCUCAGGACAUCAAGCCCUUUGCACAGCCACCAUACACUACACUACCAGCCCCUGUCCCUGCACCCAUCAGCUAUGAGCCCCUGCCUCCCCCACGGCCUGCAGCUAUAGCAGCUCCUGUAUGGCAAGACAGAACCAUUGCCUCAGCAAAACUACGGCUACUGGAGUACUCUGCUUUUAUGGAGAUCCAGAGAGACAGGGAGACGUAUAAACACCUAUUCGUACUCAUUGGCCCGUCAAACCCGGGCUACAAUGACCCUGUAUUGGAGUCCAUAGAUGUGAGGCAGAUUUACGACAAGUUCUCUGAGAAGAAAGGAGGCCUGAAGGAGCUGUAUGAAAAAGGGCCGCACAACGCAUUCUUCCUCGUCAAGUUCUGGGCGGACCUGAGCAGCGACAUCGAGGAGGGCUCUGGUGUGUUCUACGGUGUGAGCAGCCAGUACAGUGGAACAGAAAACAUCACCAUCAGUGUCUCAACAAAGGUCUGCUCCUUUGGCAAGCAGGUGGUCGAGAAGGUUGAGACAGAAUAUGCACACAUGGAAGGGGGAAAGUAUGUGUUCCGCAUCCACCGUUCGCCCAUGUGUGAAUAUAUGAUUAACUUCAUCCACAAGCUUAAACACCUGCCAGAGAAAUACAUGAUGAACAGUGUACUGGAGAACUUCACCAUCCUACAGGUGGUGUCCAACAGAGAAACUCAAGAGACUCUGCUGUGCAUCGCCUUUGUGUUCGAGGUGUCCACUAGUGAACAUGGAGCACAGUACCACGUUUAUCGACUAGUUAACGACUAGCUGCACGUUGCGUGCAUGCAGAGACUCUCCACAGACUUUUUGAUACAUACAGCAUAAACACUAUUUCCAGCUCAAACACACAGAAUCCCCACUCCUAUACUCUAAACACACACUUGUUUUAACAGACCAACAGUCACACUAUAGUCACACCUGUUGUUUUUAUGUGUAUGCAUUUCCAUCACUGCAAACUAGGCACACAUUUCUUAAACAUCCGAUGACUUAAACACUAACGUUUUUCAUAGAUUUUUACCAAGUUGUGUCGUAAUUAUCAAUGAGUGUUGUGAUGUUAUACAAUGUAAUUAUUCAGUCACCUUAAUGUCUCACCUGGUGAAACUGAUUGAGCUCAUCUCUCAAUGUCAGGCUCAAAAUAUCACGGUGCAUUAUAGGUAUUAGUUUUUCUUUUUGAUAAGAAAUGUAAUUCACUGUCAAGCAUAUGAUAAAAAAAAACACACAAAUGAAAGGGCUAAACUACAUUAAAUCAAGUUUAUUAUGGGAUAUUCUUCCAUCAUUUACAUUAAAUACAAUGGUAAUGUAGCUGUGGUGCACUAAAAAUUUAUCUUCUCAUUUCCAGGGAGUUUUCAAAGCAUAUGCAUUUGCAUCAUAGGUGUGACUGAUGUGAGACGAGUUUGAAUAUAGAUUGGCAAUCAAAUCAUUUAAACAGUGUUAAUGUUACUCUUCCACAAUUACUAUUUCUUCUACAGUUUGUAGUAUCUGUAAGGUAGGAAAUAAAUAGCCUUAUUGGGGGUAUCCUCUAUCACUGCUUGGUGUGGAGAAUCAUUAUUAUACUCCAGUUGGUUUAAUCAAAACUCUUAAGGAUUAUAUGACAGACUGUAUGAGUGUGCCUCUUCCCAGAAUGCAAUUCACUACAUGUCAAGACCUAAAAGUCGUAUUUAUAUUUUUAAACACAUUGUCAAAGUGUAAAGAAAGCCAUCCUUUUUAAAUGUUUAAGUUUGGCUCACUUGUUUUUUGGAAACAAAGUAGUUCAGAGCUAGUUUAAGAUUCAGUCCACACUUUAGUGUCAGCAGCAUUUUGAAUGAAAGAAUGAUCUUUUACUGUUCAUUAACACAAUACUGUUUUCACUCUGACCGUGUGGGCUCGCUGCAGUAUUUCUACCUCCACGUGAGUUGGGAUAAGAAUGUGCUUUGGUUCAUAAAGCCUUAACCUGAGGAGCACUGAUGUAUAGGACGUGUACACUACACUUGUAAUGGUACUGUUUAUAAACCAAAACAAGGUAAAUAGACUCGUUUUUGUAAAGAUGAACUAUCUUUUUUUUGUAUUUUACCAGCACGGCUAGAAGUGUUACUCUAAACAUCAGAAAUGAUGGGUUGUUUUGGUUGUAUCUUUAUGGAUGUAUGCAAAAUGAUGUAUGGUACAGACCACACUAAGGUCUCCCACAGUGCACUGGGGUAGAUUUUUUUGUCUGAUAACACUAACAAAUUAUCCAGCUUACACUUGCUUUUUUUCCUUUUUGUUCUAUGUAAUGUUUUUGGUUUCUGGUACAGGUUGCUACCAGCAUUUUUUAUAUAGUAAAUGUUAUUUGACUCUAUUACACCCUUUCCUGGCAGGGUUGUCUUUAACUAUGUGGAAGGUGACAAUGAUUUGUCUCGACCAUAAAAGUAAAAGCCGACUGGUUCAGUUUUAAAUAACCAUAUUCACUCUGUGGUCAGCUAAAAUGUUUAUUCUUUUAUUUUUCCCAUCAGUGUACUCUGGUUGGCUGUGCCUCAUCACUCCUUUGGUCAUUUCUGCUCAGUGAAUUAAAUCUGUGCCUUUAUGCUGUACCAAUAAAAUCACAUGGUGUUUGCAGAA